AUGAAAAACUUACCAUCCGUUAUUGGGAUUAAGACAAUAUAAGAGCUUGGGCUAUAAAAUCCAAGAAUAAUAAUGGAAUUCGAAGCUGAUGAAGAGAGUGGAAAAAUAAAAGAAAAAAUUGGUUAAGUGGAUUUAGUGAUCGCUUUGGAUGCCAGUUGUGAGAGCUAUGAUAGAAAAUGGGUUACAACUACAUUGAGAGGAAUAGUUGUUGGUACAGUCACAGUUCAAGUAUUAAAUGAAAAUUUUAGAUAACUUUUAUAUAGAAUUGAAAAUCUAUAGACUGGAGAUGUAGUUGAUGAUUUUCAAGUUAUUAUUCCUGGAGAACAAUAUUUAGAGGGCUAAAAAACUGCAGAAGUCUUUAAAGAAGUGAUUACUAAAUUCCCAUUCCAUAAAAAUACUUAGCCUGUUUAUCAGGACCAUUUAGCAUAUUUGAAUAAAAUAUGGAGGGCGUAGUUAUUAGUAAUCGGCAGAGAUGAUUUGCCUGUUUCCUACUCUGCUGAAAAUGUUAUAACACCUAAAACCACUCUGAAAUUAUCAUUACGACUACUAAAAAUCACUUAGAAGCAAAAUAAUGCUUUGUUAAAUCAGUAUAUAUUGAAAUUUUUAUUCUUUAAUUAACCACAAAUUUUCCAUAUAAUGCUUCCCUCACAAUCACUGGUUUAAGUUUAGGUUCAGGAUUUAAUGCUUUAAACAAUCAGCCUUAUUUAGAUUCAAUUAUUAAUUAAAAAUCACUCAAUUAUUAUGGGAAUGAAUUAUACACUUUUGGAAACGGAGAGUUAUUUAUUUGAUGACUCAUUUAUAAGCCAUUCAUCCUAAGGUUUCUUUCUUAAUUAUUGUAGUUUUAGGUACACGCGCUAAUGA